GGCCCAUUUGUUGAAAUUUUCAGUGCUCAAGGCAAGAAUCCUGGAAGAAAGUGGAAGGUUUUCGGCAGUCCAUCUGUAAUUGGGAAAGAGUUUGACAAGGAGGUGAAAGGCUUCGUCUUUGUUCUAGAAGGGAGCAGUCAAACUAAUAAGAUGCAACUUCCAAAGGAAACAAGGCAAACACUUGGACUGAUACAGCAAUUUCUGGUACUUCAGAUUUAUGUACCACUGGGACAGGACUUCUCAACUGAAUUGCUGAUAACUGAUUUGGGAAACAUUAAAAGAAGAUUGUAUUUAUCAACGAUCCAUAAGGAAUUGUCUGUAACACCUCUACAUGCAAAAAUACCUCUGUUUAUGAUUAAGCGCAAAAUUUGGUGCAAUCUGUGCAUUGACUUGGUAGCAUUCACCAGUGAGAUAUUCAAAGGAGCCGUUUUCCAGUCACUGGAUGGCAUUAUUGUUUCAGCUAACUGUAAGCUGCGAAAGAUCUUCACACUGAAGUCAAAGCCCCUGGACAGAGCUGAUGAAGAAGUUUCUGGACCAAUAGAUACUAUUCCCCGAACCUGUCAGUUAAAUUCAGAUGUACCACAAGUCACACAGCUACUGAAUAUGAACAAGCUUCGUCAAACAGAACAAAAAUGUGGAGGUCGACUCUUAACCUCACCAGAAUUAGUAGACCAUAUAAUGAACAGAGGAUCAACCACUGCAAGGAAUAAUAGAAAUCAAGAUAAAUCCCACAUUGCAUUUGGAUCAAAAGUCUUUGGUCCACCUCCACCUUCUGGUCGAAGAUUCAGCACAAGGGCAUCUGGGGAGGUGACCAAAUCUGCAACCAUUAAAAUGAACAGAUCAUGCCAGGUGCCCACUUUGGAAAAGGAAGAAGAAUCAACACAAGUUCAUGGCAAGACCAAACAGUCUUCCUUUCCACUUGAUGUAGCUGAAGAGCAAGGAAACAAAGAAAAUAUCCAGUACACAAAUCAAAUGUUGCUGGAUCAUGAUGAAUGGAUCUUCCCAGACAAAAAAAAUUCUCAUCUGGAUUCCAGCAGUCCACCACAAAUGGCUUGUGAAACAUCCUAUGGCUUUUUAACAUCACCACUGGAUGACAACCAAACCUGUGAAAACAAACAAACACUUCAAGUUGAGCAGGAGGACGUUUUCACAUAUUCCUCAAAACCUAGAUCAGCACCUCAUGGGAAACCCCUAAAUCUUUCAUCUGAUGACUGCAGCUUUUCUGUGGAUUUAAAAGAAGAGAUGAAUGGGGCCUGGCGAGGUGCUCAAAUGGAGGAUGACUUCUUUGGAAAUGAGAGCAAUGAAGAGGAUGAUAGCUACAUUGAAUUUAUGGAAGAGGAUCAGACCAGCUCCUUUUUAUCAAGAUCAUCAGAACCUGCAAUUUCUGAAGAGAUUCCACUCAAAAUUGCAUCCCAAAAUCCCGACAACUUGGCAGAUGGAAAAACAUUGUCACCAAGCAAAGAAGAUUCAGUUGUGAUGACAGAAAAGGCAGAUAACGUUCCAAAAAGCUUUUUGCCAACUUGUUGCUUGUCCCCAAGAAGAAGCAUACCCGGGCCCAUUAAGGAAAUAUCUGAAAUACCAAAGGAUGCAUCAGGCCCAUUGAGAACUUCCAUAAGUAGAAAAUCCUUGAAGGAAAUCCCACAGGAGAAUUCAAAUCCAAUAGACCAAAUCCCUGAAUAUGACUGGAGAAACUACCAGCCAAGCAAUAUGAGUGCCUCUGAACUUCAAAUGUUGGCUAGUAUGAAAAGGCAACAAAAUGAAGAGCUGGAAGAUAAUCGACUUUCACAUGGUUUGAGUGCCUCUCAAAUCGGCAAUUGUAAUAUCAGCAUCAGCACAAGCAGUGACGAUACAACAACCUGGAACUCAUGUCUCCCAGCGCCUGUCAACCAAGGGUGUCACUAUCAAAAAGAAAUGAACCCUCUUUCUCAAUCCAACCCAAGGGACUGGUUAAAUGUAUUCAGCCCUCCUAUAAUCUCUCCUAGCCAGCAAGAGGUGGUAGAAAAUGGUGGAACCAAGGCAGAUAUGAGCAUUCAAGGAGAAGGUGACUUCGGGGCAGAAGAAGAUGAAGUUCUCACUCUCUUAUACGACCCGUGCCUAAACUGUUAUUUUGAUCCUGAAACUGGCAAGUACUAUGAGCUGGCAUAGUCAUUUGCAAGGGCAAGGAGCAUGACCUCUCUUCAGAACUCUUCCAGCCCUUAGGCCUUUGCAAAACACUCAUUUAAAACUAGAAUUUUUCCCCUAUUAUGUGCUCCAGAAUCCUGUUGCUCAAAAGUACAGCACUAUCUUAUAGGGUUUUUUUUAAAGAUGUGUGAUGUGUUUAAAACAGAUUGCCCUUGCAGUCUUUUCUAGUUUGCAUACAUAUUUUCUGAGCCAGCUGAUGUUAUUUAAAAUAUGGGACGUUCUUGUAUGUGAACAAAUUAUGCUGAAUCAAAAAAUGUUUGCCUAGUUAAUCUGAACGACUGUGUGAUGAUUUUUCCCUACACGUACUUGUUCUUUCAUCUCCAAUAAUUUAAAUAGAUGUACUGCCAUCUUUGCAGUUCAGAAAAUACUGUCUGAUGUUCAAAGGGAAGUGUUCCAUGAACUGCCUUUUCUCUUCUUUAUUACUGAAUAAAGCAAUAUUUCUUUCUUUUUUUAAAAAAAAA